GCCUCAGUCACCUUUGAAGAUGCUGCGGAUUCUGCUCUGUCUGGCAUUGGGCAUUCUCGGCUGUCAAGCCGCCUGCAAUGUCUGCAAUCCCGAUACCGGCACGAUUUGUUUAACCGCAACUAAUUUCACAUUUUGUGAUGGAGUAUCGGUCAUUGGGUCCACAGCGAAAUGUCCCGAUGGUUAUUAUUGCACGCAAGAGAUCAAAUUCUGUCAGAGUAGGCCGGAACUCGCUGCCUGCAGCGCAGAGACCUCCAGCAGUACCACGGAGAGCACGACAGAGUCCACAACCAGCAGCACAGAGAGCUCCAGCAGCUCUACUGCGACCUCCAGCAGCACAACAGCACCCACCACCAGUACUACGAGUACCCCAACCACAGUGGAUCCAGCCAUCAUUGAUAUGUGUCAAGCCAAAGCAUCCACUGGACGCUACACCAAUCCCAAUGAUGCCACCUGCCGCAGCUAUGUCAUUUGCUUCUAUCGGGGUUCUGUUUGGUUGGGAAAUGUCUGGCAAUGUCCUACUGCUAAGCCCUAUUUCAGUAGCAUUACCUCCGCAUGCGGAACGAUACCUUCCAUUUGUGUGUGAUGUCUAUUAAAAUGUCUAAAUGA